AGCAACCAGAAACAACAAAAAGCCCAAUUCGGAACGUUUUGACUCGUAACUCGUUAGAGCCUUUUUAGUUUUUCUUAAACCCCGCAAAAAACCAUACCCCAAAACCUUUGAAGAAUUCUUCUAUUUGGUCCCUUGGAGUCCAAAUAGAAAUGUCUGUCUCCUUGUCUUCUCGUCAGCUCUUCCUUCAGAAACCUCUCUUUUGUUCGCAGACUCGUGGUGAGACUGAGAAGCAAAGGGUGUCUGGGUUUUGGAGAAAUCCGCAAACCCAAAACCCACAAAUGACAAGGAAACUUGUGGUCAGAGCAGGCUCCAAGAAGAUAUCUUUUGGUAGAGAAUGCAGAGAGUCAUUGCAAGCUGGGAUUGAUAAGCUAGCUGAUGCUGUUUCUCUUACAUUAGGACCUAAAGGACGUAAUGUUGUCCUUUCUGAGUCAGGAACAAUAAAAGUAAUCAAUGAUGGUGUUACAAUUGCUCGAGCUAUAGAACUUCCAGAUGCAAUUGAGAAUGCAGGAGCAAUGUUAAUGCAAGAGGUUGCAAGUAAAAUGAAUAAUUUGGCUGGUGAUGGUACUACCACUGUGAUCAUUAUGACACAAGAAAUGAUUAAAAGCGGGCUGUUGGCAGUUACUUUUGGAGCUGAUCCAAUUUCUUUGAAGAAAGGAAUGGAUAAAACUGUAAAAGAAUUGGUCAAGGUCCUGAAGAAGAAAAGUAUACCAGUAAAAGAAAGGGAUGAUAUCAAAGCUGUUGCCUCAAUCUCUGCUGGAAAUGAUGAAUUCAUUGGAAACUUAAUUGCUGAAGCUAUAAAGAAGAUUGGCCCUGAUGGGGUAAUCUCAAUUGAGUCAUCCUCAUCAUUUGAAACCUUUGUUUUAAUUGAAGAAGGAAUGAAGAUUGACAAGGGUUACAUGUCCUCUCACUUCAUUACAAACCAGGAGAAGUCAGUUGUGGAGUUUGACAAUGCUAAAGUCCUAGUGACUGAUCAGAAGAUUUCUACUGUCAAAGAAAUAGUUCCUCUACUUGAAAAGACUACCCAAUUGAGUGUGCCAUUGUUAAUAAUCGCAGAGGAUAUUUCAAAGCAAGUACUGGAGACACUGGUGGUGAACAAAAUGCAAGGUUUACUGAAUGUUGCUGUUGUAAAAUGUCCUGGGUUUGGAGAUGGAAAAAAAGCUUUGUUGCAAGAUAUUGCACUUAUAACAGGUGCUGAUUUUCUCUCUGGAGAUUUUGGACUGACCCUUGAAGGUGUAACUUCUGAUCAACUUGGUAUUGCACGGAAAGUUACUGUAACAAGUAAUUCAACAACUAUAAUUGCUGAUGACUCUACUAAAGCUGAAAUUAGGGCAAGAGUAUCGCAGAUUAAGAAGGAUCUUGCAGAAACAGAUAAUGCGUACCUGUCACAAAAGCUUUCUGAAAGAAUCGCCAAACUUUCUGGUGGAGUGGCUGUUAUUAAGGUGGGAGCGCAUACUGAAACGGAACUUGAAGACCGAAAACUUAGAAUUGAGGAUGCAAAGAACGCCACAUUUGCUGCUAUGAAUGAAGGGAUGCUGCCUGGUGGUGGUGCCACAUAUGUGCAUCUCUCAGAAUUUGUGCCUUCCAUUAAGAUCUCUUUAGCAGAUUCAGAUGAGCAGAUUGGUGCCGAUAUUGUGGCAAAGGCACUCCUUGCACCUGCAAAAGCAAUUGCUACAAAUGCUGGAGUUGAUGGAGAAAUUGUUGUGGAGAAGACUCGGACUUCAGAUUGGAGAAUGGGAUAUAACGCAAUGACAGGGAGGUAUGAAGAUCUUCCAGAUGCUGGGGUCCUUGAUCCUUGUCGGGUUUCAAGGUGUGCCCUUGAAAAUGCUGUCUCCAUUGCUGGGAUUGUUCUAACAACUCAAGCUGUAAUGGUGGAAAAAACUAAGAAGGAAAAGCCACCCAUACCUCUUGUUCCAGGAAUAGCUCCUUGAAUUAUUAAAACAAGAGAGCAUGUUUAUGUUUUGGAAAUGAGUAAAAAGAGCAUUUCACCUCAGGCUCUUCAAACUCACUACAAAGCAAGCGAUAGAUUCCAAACCCAAACAUGACUUCUUAAUUAGGAUUCAGGAAUUACAUUUUUUUGAACCUUAAAAUGCUACUCAACAGAUGGAUGACGCCCUUUAAACCUUCUCACAUAGCCCCUCACCCCCAACCCAAAAAAAAAAAAAAAAAGGGGAUCCCAAUAUCUAUUCAUACUGCCAAAUUUUAUUUUGAAUAGGGGAUAUUUAAAUAUUUGUCCAUAAUUUCUGCUGUGCCUAAGAUAAAUAUUUAGAAAAAUUACAUUGAAUAUCCCCAUGUUCACCACAUCUAUAGAAGAUUUUUUUUUCCCCCUUCACACAUUACAUAAGCACUAUAAUGUUUUACACAUAAUAUAAAUUUUCCACAUGUGUGUCUAAAAAUAUCGAUUAUAGUUUAUGUAUUUGUAUGAUAAUUUGAAUGGUGUGCAUAAAAGAAGCGAUCGCAAUGAAACUGAAAUAUAAGAUAAGGGGUGUUUCUAUAAAAUUGAUUAAGCAGAAAGGAUUAAUAUAAUAAUAUUGUCUAAAAGAUUAUCAUAUUUUUAAAACUAAAGUGAAGAGGAAAAAUAAAUAAAUAAAUAAACUUUAAAAACGGUGAGUGAAAGUUUUUCAGAAAAAAAUAAGAAAUAAAAAAUAAAUAGUAGUCUGGUAGUUAAAGUGGGCAUUUUUAAGAAAAUUGCGUGCGCUGAGCUCUGGUGGUGUUGGUGGGUGAUAAAAGAACCCUCAAGUUUCAAGUUUGGAUUUUCCCUUUAAUGGCAAAUCCUUACAGAUCAAGUGAAGGUCUCAGCGCCAGACCUCUGCCAAAUUCCGAUGAGAUUCAGUUGAGGAUUGAUCCAUUGCAGGGAGACCUUGAUGAUCAAAUUACUGGCCUCCAUACUCAAGUUAGACGCCUCAAAAGUGUGGCUCAAGAAAUUGAAGCAGAAACAAAAGUCCAAAAUGAUAUCAUCUCGGAUUUGCAAAUGGCCUUGAGUCAAGCUGGGGAUGGAGUGAAAAAUGGGAUGAGGAGAUUGCGGAAAGUCACCCAGCAGAGCUCGAACCACAUUGUACAUGUAAUAAUUUUCGGACUAAUUCUUUUCUCUUUCAUUUACAUGUUGUCCAAGCUAGCUAGAAGAUGAAAACCAGCUAAUUUUCCAGCCACAUGUUCCCAGCUAAAGCAGAGAUGGUAAUCGGGAACUGAAGAACCUUAUCUGGGUCUUGAUACACAUCUAAAUCUAGGUGUAUGAUAAAAGAGUUAGCAUAUUAAGAGCAUAGCCUCUGAAGUUUUUCUUCAUAGAAGGUUUUCCUUUUCUUGUUUAUAGCUGUACUGUAAGGUCAGAUAGUCUUACCAAAUUAAUAGGACAUAUAUGGUUGCAUCAUGUUUUGAGACGUGACGUUCUAACAGUAUAUAGAUGGGACGCGUUUUGCCCAUGAAGAAGCUUCUUCUAA